GGCCGAGGCUGCCCGCCUGGCACUAGAAAAACACCCCAACUCACCAAUGACAGCAAAGCAGAUAUUGGAAGUCAUUCAGAAAGAAGGGUUAAAAGAAACAAGUAUCUUCACCAGAAGAGGAUUUUGUCUCAAGAAACUACCUUCAUAUCUAUAAGAAGCACCUCCUGACCUGUGAAAGUUUUAUCAGGAGAUUGAAACAAUUCAGUCACAACUUUAGGCUCCACUUCGAAUUCUAGUUCUCUUGCUGUUUCUGCCACAUCUGCAGUUACUUCCUCCACUGAAGUGUUGAAGUGGAUCAGAAUCCACUUCUUCCAUACUCUUGUUAAUGUUGCUAUUGUGACCACCUCCUGUGAAUCAUGAAUGUUCUCAAUGGCAUCUAGAAGGGUGAACUCUUCUCUGAAGAUUUUCAAUUCACUUUCCUCAGAUCCAUCAGAGGAAUUGCUAUCUAUGGCUGUUACAGUCUUAGGAAAUAUAUUUCUUAAAUAAGAAGACUUGAAAAUCAAAAUUAUUCCUUGAUUUAUGGACUGCAGAAUAGAUGUUGUCUUAGCAGUCUGGUUUCAGACCCCGGCAUGGCUUGGAGACAGCGUUGGUGUGUAUGAAGGAUCUUCCUCCAAUGAAGGAUUUGGGACAACUUUCCAUGAUGAUUAUAUUAGAGCCUCAGCUGCUUUCGUGUUGGUCAUGAGGUGAUGCUGAACCGAAUGCUUGAACUAGCAGGAGUGGCUGGGAUUGCAUUGGAGUGGUUCCGUUCAUUCCUUCCGGUGGAACCUCUCCAUUAGCCUGUCUGAAUGCAAUGCUUCACACUAACACUCGAAUAGGGGAUGGAACAUUCUUCAAAAUCCCUGGCAAGUCAGGCCUCUAUGCUCUCAAAAAAGAGGAGUCGUCAUGCCCAGCAGAUGGCACGUUGGAUUUAGUCUGUGAAUCUGAAUUGGAUGGUACAGAUAUGGCCGAGGCAAAUGCCCAUGGAGAAGAAAAUGGAGUUUGUUCGAAGCAGGUAACUGAUGAAGCAUCUUCCACUCGAGAUUCAAGCCUUACUAACACAGCAGUGCAAAGCAAGUUAGUGUCUUCCUUCCAGCAGCACACCAAAAAGGCUCUUAAACAGGCUUUGAGGCAGCAGCAGAAAAGAAGAAAUGGAGUCUCAAUGAUGGUAAACAAGACUGUUCCUCGUGUUGUUUUGACACCAUUAAAGGUGUCUGAUGAGCAGUCGGAUUCGCCUUCAGGAUCCGAAUCUAAAAAUGGUGAAGCAGACAGUUCAGAUAAAGAAAUGAAACAUGGGCAAAAAUCUCCCACUGGAAAACAAACAAGUCAGCACUUAAAACGAUUAAAAAAGUCUGGUUUAGGGCACUUGAAAUGGACCAAAGCUGAGGACAUUGACAUAGAAACCCCAGGAUCUAUUCUUGUCAACACUAACUUGAGGGCAUUAAUAAAUAAACAUACAUUUGCUUCCUUACCUCAGCAUUUUCAACAAUACCUCCUGCUUUUGCUCCCAGAAGUGGAUAGGCAGAUGGGAAGUGAUGGAAUUUUACGCCUCAGUACUUCAGCUCUAAAUAAUGAAUUCUUUGCAUAUGCAGCACAAGGGUGGAAACAGCGACUGGCAGAAGGAGAGUUUACCCCAGAAAUGCAGUUGCGGAUAAGGCAAGAAAUUGAGAAGGAAAAGAAAACAGAACCUUGGAAAGAAAAAUUCUUUGAGAGGUUUUAUGGAGAAAAGCUGGGCAUGUCAAGAGAGGAAUCUGUGAAGCUCACUACUGGACCAAACAAUGCUGGAGCUCAAAGUAGUUCUUCAUGUGGGACUUCUGGCCUUCCAGUUUCUGCACAGACACCCUUGGCAGAACAACAGCCAAAAAGCAUGAAAAGCCCAGCUUCUCCAGAGCCUGGUUUCUGUGCUACUCUUUGCCCUAUGGUAGAAAUUCCAGCUAAAGAUAUAAUGGCAGAAUCAGAGUCAGAGGAUAUCUUGAUCCCCGAAGAAUCUAUAAUUCAGGAGGAAAUUGCAGAAGAGGUAGAGACUAGUAUCUGUGAAUGCCAGGAUGAAAAUCAUAAGACAAUACCUGAAUUUUCUAAGGAGGCUGAAAGUCUGACCAAUUCUCAUGAAGAACCCCAAAUAGCACCUCCUGAAGAUAACUUGGAAUCCUGUGUUAUGAUGAAUGAUGUUUUAGAAACUUUGCCUCAUAUUGAAAUUAAGAUAGAAGAGAAGUCAGAAUCACCCCAGGAAGAAAUGACAGUUGUUAUCGAUCAGUUAGAAGUCUGUGACUCUCUUGUUCCUUCCACUUCAUCUGUGACUCAUGUCAGUGACACAGAACAUAAGGAGUCAGAAACUGCAGUAGAGACCAGUACCCCCAAAAUAAAAACAGGGUCAUCUUCUCUAGAAGGCCAGUUUCCAAAUGAAGGAAUUGCUAUAGAUAUGGAGCUACAGAGUGACCCUGAAGAACAGCUUUCAGAAAACGCCUGCAUCUCUGAAACGUCCUUUACUUCUGAGAGCCCAGAGGGAGCCUGUACCAGCCUGCCUUCUCCAGGAGGGGAAACACAGUCCACAUCAGAAGAAUCAUGUACUCCAGCCUCCCUUGAGACAACAUUUUGUUCUGAGGUAUCUAGCACUGAAAAUACAGACAAAUACAACCAGAGAAAUUCCACUGAUGAAAACUUUCAUGCAUCUUUGAUGUCAGAAAUAUCUCCAAUAUCCACUUCACCUGAAAUAUCAGAAGCAUCUCUUAUGUCCAGCUUACCAUUAACAUCGGAAGCAUCACCAGUAUCCAACUUACCUUUAACAUCAGAAACCUCACCAAUGUCUGACUUACCUUUAACAUCAGAAACUUCUUCAGUGUCUUCCAUGCUUCUUACCUCUGAGACCACUUUUGUAUCCAGUUUGCCACUUCCUUCAGAAACAUCUCCAAUUUCCAACUCUUCCAUAAAUGAGAGAAUGGCACAUCAGCAAAGAAAGUCACCUUCUGUAUCUGAAGAGCCGCUCUCCCCACAGAAAGAUGAGUCUUCCGCCACUGCCAAACCUCUGGGAGACAACCUUACCUCCCAGCAGAAGAGUCUAUCUAAUACUCCCGAACCCAUCAUGAUGAGUUCUUCUUCCAUUGCUCCUGAAGCAUUUCCAUCUGAAGAUUUGCACAAUAAGACCCUGAGUCAGCAAACUUGUAAAUCACAUGUUGACACUGAGAAGCCCUAUCCUGCUUUGAUUCCAGAACUUGCUUCUACUGAAAUGAUAAAAGUUAAAAAUCAUAGCGUCCUGCAAAGAACAGAAAAAAAAGUGUUACCUUCACCAUUGGAAUUAUCUGUCUUUUCUGAAGGGACAGAUAAUAAGGGAAAUGAGCUUCCAUCUGCUAAAUUACAGGACAAGCAAUAUAUCUCAUCAGUGGAUAAGGCUUCAUUUUCAGAAGGCUCUAGAAAUAAAACACAUAAGCAAGGGAGUACACAGAGUCGGUUAGAAACCUUACAUACUUCCAAGUCAUCAGAGCCCUCCAAGUCACCUGAUGGGAUAAGAAAUGAAAGUAGAGAUUCAGAGAUAUCAAAGAGGAAAACUGCAGAGCAACACAGCUUUGGAAUCUGUAAGGAAAAGAGAGCUAGGAUAGAAGAUGAUCAGUCAACCCGGAACAUAUCAUCUAGCAGCCCACCUGAGAAAGAACAGCCUCCAAGAGAGGAACCAAGGGUUCCCCCUCUCAAGAUUCAGCUUUCCAAAAUUGGGCCACCUUUUAUAAUCAAGAGCCAACCAGUCUCCAAACCUGAGUCUCGAGCAUCCACUAGCACAUCUGUCAGUGGCGGGAGGAACACAGGAGCCAGGACCCUCGCAGAUAUCAAGGCCCGGGCCCAACAAGCUCGGGCCCAGCGAGAGGCUGCUGCAGCUGCUGCUGUGGCUGCUGCAGCGAGCAUUGUCUCUGGAGCCAUGGGAAGUCCAGGAGAGGGUGGAAAGGCGAGAACUCUGGCACACAUCAAAGAGCAGACAAAGGCUAAGCUCUUUGCAAAGCAUCAAGCUCGAGCCCAUCUCUUCCAGACCUCUAAAGAGACCCGAUUGCCUCCACUCAGCUCAAAGGAAGGGCCUCCAAACUUAGAAGUCUCUUCUACCCCUGAAACAAAAAUGGAAGGUUCGACUGGUGUCAUUAUUGUCAAUCCAAACUGUAGAUCUCCUAGCAACAAGUCUGCCCACCUCCGGGAGACCACCACUGUACUACAGCAGUCUCUUAACCCAAGUAAACUUCCAGAAACUGCCACUGACUUAUCUGUGCAUAGUUCUGAUGAAAACAUACCUGUGUCACAUUUAUCUGAGAAAAUUGUUGCAUCUACCUCUUCUGAAAAUAGCAGUGUGCCCAUGCUUUUUAAUAAAAAUUCUGUCCCUGUAUCUGUUUGCAGCACUGCUAUAUCGGGAGCAAUUAAAGAACAUCCCUUUGUGAGUUCUGUUGAUAAAUCCUCUGUCCUAAUGUCUGUUGACAGUGCAAACACUACAAUUUCUACUUGUAAUAUAAGCAUGUUAAAAACCAUCCAGGGAACUGACACUCCAUGCGUAGCCAUUAUACCAAAAUGUAUUGAAAGCACUCCCAUUUCAGCCACUACAGAGGGCUCCAGCAUAUCAAGCUCCAUGGAUGAUAAGCAGUUACUAAUAUCAAGCAGCAGUGCUAGUAACUUAGUCUCCACUCAGUACACCUCUGUGCCAACUCCAUCCAUCGGAAACAAUUUGCCAAACCACCUCUCCACUAGCUCUGUCUUGAUUCCCCCAACGGGAAUUAACAACAGAUUUCCUUCUGAGAAGAUAGCCAUACCUGGGAGUGAAGAACAGGCCACUGUAUCCAUGGGUACCACUGUGAGAGCAGCCUUCAGCUGCAGUGAUUCCGUAGCGGUCACAGACUCUCCGGUUGCACACCCGACCGUUGCAAUGUUUACUGGAAACAUGCUGACAAUAAACUCUUAUGAUAGUCCUCCCAAAUUAAGUGCUGAAAGCUUGGACAAAAAUUCAGGGCCUCGAAACAGGGCAGAUAAUUCUGGAAAACCUCAGCAACCACCAGGGGGCUUUGCACCAGCAGCCAUAAACCGAUCAAUUCCGUGUAAAGUCAUCGUUGACCACAGCACCACGCUGACCUCCAGUUUGUCUCUGACUGUCUCCGUUGAAAGCUCAGAAGCCAGCUUGGACCUGCAGGGCAGGCCAUUGAGGACAGAGGCAUCCGUACAGCCCAUGGCGUGUCCUCAGGUGUCUGUGAUUAGCAGGCCUGAGCCAGUUGCCAAUGAAGGUGUAGAUCACAGUUCCACUUUCAUUGCUGCUUCGGCAGCAAAACAAGACAGUAAAACAUUGCAGGCCACCUGCACAAGUCUCCGAGAAUUACCCCUUGUUCCAGAUAAAUUAAAUGAGCCGACUGCUCCCAGUCAUAACUUUGCUGAGCAGGCACGUGGCCCAGCUCCUUUCAAAAGUGAAGCAGACACAACCUGUAGCAAUCAGUAUAACCCAAGUAACCAGAUUUGCUGGAAUGAUGAUGGGAUGAGGAGCACAGGACAGCCUCUGGUUACUCACUCGGGUUCAAGUAAACAGAAAGAAUAUCUAGAGCAAAGCUGUCCAAAGGCUAUCAAAACUGAACAUGCCAGCUACUUGAACGUGUCAGAACUUCAUCCCAGGAAUCUCAUAACAAAUGUUGCUCUUCCUGUGAAAUCUGAACUUCACGAAGCAGACAAGGGCUUUAGAAUGGACACUGAAGACUUCCCCGCCCCCGAGCUGCCUCCCCCGGCUGCAGAGGGAGCCUCUAGUGUACAACAAACACAGAACGCAAAAGCUUCCACCUCGAGUCCCAUGGAAGAGGCUAUUUCCUUGGCUACCGACACCCUGAAAAGAGUCCCUGGUGCAGGGAGCUCAAGCUGUCGUCUGUCCUCUGUGGAGGCUAACAAUCCACUGGUGACACAGUUACUACAGGGCAACCUGCCUUUGGAAAAAGUGUUGCCACAGCCCAGACUGGGAGCCAAGCUCGAAAUCAACAGGCUUCCAUUGCCUCUUCAAACUACCUCAGUGGGUAAAACAGCACCAGAGAGAAACGUUGAAAUUCCGCCCAGCUCUCCAAAUCCAGAUGGUAAGGGCUACUUGGCGGGGACUCUGGCACCACUCCAAAUGAAAAAGCGAGAAAACCACCCCAAAAAGAGAGUAGCUAGGACUGUAGGAGAACACACUCAAGUUAAAUGUGAACCAGGAAAAUUGUUGGUGGAGCCAGAUGUUAAAGGGGUGCCUUGUGUCAUCAAUUCCGGCAUGAGUCAGCUAGGACACAGCCAGCCAUUUAAGCAAGAAUGGCUAAACAAGCACUCCAUGCAGAACAGAAUUGUUCACAGCCCUGAGGUCAAACAGCAAAAGCGGCUGCUCCCCUCGUGUAGCUUCCAGCAGAACCUAUUUCAUGUUGACAAGAAUGGCGGCUUCCACCCUGACGCUGGUACCUCACACAGACAGCAGUUUUACCAAAUGCCUAUGGCUGCCAGGGGCCCCAUUCCUACUGCAGCUCUAUUACAGGCCUCUUCCAAGACCCCAGUUGGGUGUAAUGCAUUUGCCUUCAACAGGCAUCUUGAACAGAAGGGAUUGGGAGAGGUUAGUCUUUCCUCAGCCCCUCACCAGCUAAGGUUAGCCAACAUGUUAUCGCCCAAUAUGCCCAUGAAAGAAGGUGAUGAGGUGGGAGGCACUGCACACGCAAUGCCAAACAAAGCACUAGUACAUCCGCCGCCGCCGCCGCCUCCCCCUCCCCCUCCCCCUCCCCCCUUGGCUUUGCCCCCGCCUCCCCCCCCACCACCUCCACUACCUCCACCUCUCCCUAAUGCAGAAGUCCCAUCCGAUCAAAAACAACCUCCAGUUACCAUGGAAACCACUAAGAGACUUAGUUGGCCACAGUCCACGGGCAUAUGUAGCAAUAUAAAAUCGGAACCUCUUUCUUUUGAGGAAGGUUUAAGCAGCAGCUGUGAACUGGGCAUGAAACAAGUUUCCUAUGACCAGAAUGAAAUGAAAGAACAGUUAAAAGCAUUUGCGCUAAAAAAUGCAGAUUUCUCUUCCUAUUUGCUUUCUGAGCCACAAAAGCCUUUUACCCAAUUAGCUGCUCAGAAAAUGCAGGUGCAGCAACAACAGCAGCUCUGUGGAAAUUAUCCAACGAUACACUUUGGUAGCACGAGUUUCAAAAGGGCAGCAUCUGCAAUUGAAAAGUCCAUUGGGAUUUUGGGAAGUGGCUCCAAUCCUGCCACGGGCUUGUCUGGUCAGAACGCUCAGAUGCCCGUUCAGAACUUUGCCGACAGCAGCAAUGCAGAUGAAUUGGAACUGAAAUGCUCUUGCCGGCUGAAAGCCAUGAUUGUGUGCAAAGGCUGUGGGGCCUUCUGCCAUGACGACUGCAUAGGUCCUUCAAAACUCUGUGUAGCAUGCCUGGUUGUACGAUAAGAGCUGAGUGAAAGAUGCAGUAUCCCUUUUCCACACGGAAAAGCCAAAUAGCAUCAGCAACAACAAAUCGAAUAAUGCAGUGGUUUCUAUCAUGCUAAUUUAUUUUGCUUUGGAGCAGGUACCUUUUCUCUAUGGCAUUAUUUUCUUGCAUUUCUCAUAAAGGGGAGGAUGCAUCCCAACUGAAUGGCUCACUGGCAUGUCUUUUAUGUGUUCAGUUGCCAUUCCUAGCUUUGGAAAGUUUCUUUCUGUCCAUGUGUAUACAAGUCAAUGCCCCAUUUUUGUUUUUCUUUUAACCGAGGUGUAGAUAGGAAAAGGAUAUUUUUCGUUACUUAAUAACCAGAAGUGCAGAUGUGUAAGGAGAAUGAGAGGAAUGAUUUAAAGUGGUUAUGCAUUUUUCUAUAGAUGAGCCAUUACAGAAAGGAAUUUUACAGUUGACUUUUCUGGACCUAGCUUUACCACAGUGAUUAAAUCCUAUUUAGAAAGGGGAAUCUGAUUUAAAUGUGUGAUUCCUUGUAUUUACUCCUAUCACAAAAGAUGUAUUAAAGGAGGUAUGCCAUUAAUGAAAUCCACUGUCCUGAGUAUUAUCUUUCCUCCUGUUUUACUUUCUCAGAGACUAUGGCAGAAUAUCUGGAUCUUCCUUGGAAUUUGUACACAUAUGGUAGUGAAAUGUGUCCUGCAUCUGAAAUUGCAUGGGACUCAUGCCCAGCAAUCUGGUUCUAGCCCUUUGACACCUGAUCAUAUGACAGCAAUUGGCCAGCCAAUAGCCAUAAGCCCAGAGGA